AUGACAGCGCUAACCUCGCAACCGGGCGACAGAUUCCAGCGUCAUGUCGGCUUCGACAACGUCCCCAGUGGCGAGACGUCGAAGAAGGUACCCUCGUCGCUCGUGCUCAAUGUCAGACACGAUGGGUAUCAGCCGCGCCGCCGAUCGCGCACCUUCAUGGUCGGCAUUGACGAGCACUCGUAUUCAGACUAUGCCAUUCAGUGGCUGCUCGACGAAUUGGUCGAUGACGGCGACGAGAUCAUCUGCGUACGCGUCAUUGAAAAGGACGUGCGGCUCAGCGACAAAUCAUACCACAGCGACGCGCAGCAGGUCAUGAAGAGCAUAUUGGAGAAGAACACCGAGAACCGUGCCGUCGCAUUUGUCCUUGAGUAUGCAGUCGGCAAGCUACAUGCUACCUUUCAGUCCCUGAUUCAACUAUAUCAGCCAGCCAUGCUCAUUGUGGGCACUAGAGGGCGGUCCCUCGGAGGCAUCCAGGGCCUUGUCAACAAUCGCAACUCGUUUUCAAAGUACUGUCUGCAGUACUCUCCCAUACCCGUCGUCGUCGUUAGGCCUAGCGAGAAACGUAAUAAGAAGAAGGCGAAGCGAACGAACGACAGCACGCGACAGACCUAUGUUAGCAUGCUGGCCGCUACCAAUGGCAAGCAUGAGGCCGAUAGCGAGGCCAGCAGCACCUAUGAGCUGGAGGUGCAGAUUCCGCGCGAGGAGGAGGCACACCAGGUAGCAAAGGUACUGGGCCUGCCUGCCAAGUUCGAUCCCACCAUCAAGCCUCUGCACGAGUCAGUCUUGAUGAGGUCAAAGUCCCCCGACACCGUGGCCGGCCCCCGACCAAGUGCGCCCCGCCGCGUCAGCACCGACCCCUCGCCUCCCAGCGCCCCCAAUAGUGAGGAUGAGGAAGACGAUGAGGAGGGGGAGUUCGAAGUCAUGACGGGUAUGGACGCCCUAAAUCAGCAGCAGAAGCUCGAUCAGCUUCACAAGAUGGAGGUCAGCGAGGCGGCCGCCCUUCGCCAGGGCAUCAAUGAGGAAGAGGAGGACGAGUCGGAUGAAGCCCAGGCGCAGAACUCUGGGGGCGCAUCCUAG